GAGACGGUGGUAGCACGUCUUUCAUUUGCCUCCUUUUCCAAUUCCCUUUGCCACCAAUUUCUGGAAUUCCUGAACCAUGUCAAACAUAAACACAGCUGGGGUGAACCAGACAAACAUGGGGGUCGGACGGUCCAUUGCUGUACUGACGUCAGGGGGUGAUGCCCAGGGGAUGAAUGCAGCCGUGAGGGCCACUGUCAGGGUUGGUCUUUACACUGGAGCCAAAGUCUUCUUUGUCCAUGAGGGCUAUCAGGGAUUGGUUGACGGAGGGGAUCACAUCCGUCCCGCUACAUGGGAGAGUGUGUCCAUGAUGCUACAGCUGGGUGGCACAGUCAUUGGCAGUGCCCGCUGUAUGGAUUUCCAGACUAGGGAUGGGCGUUUGAAGGCUGCCUGCAAUCUCGUCAAGCUGGGCAUCACUAACCUCUGUGUAAUUGGUGGCGAUGGCAGUUUGACCGGUGCCAACAUAUUUCGUACUGAGUGGAAUGACUUGCUGAAAGAUCUAAUCAGCAAAGGUAAGAUCACCAAGGAAGAGGCCAAGGCUUCAUCUCAUCUGAAUAUUGUGGGUAUGGUCGGCUCUAUCGACAAUGACUUCUGCGGAACGGACAUGACCAUCGGCACAGACUCUGCCCUACAUCGCAUCAUUGAGGUGGUGGACAGUAUCACCACAACAGCACAAAGCCACCAACGUGCUUUCAUCCUGGAGGUCAUGGGAAGACACUGUGGUUACCUGGCUCUAGUUGCUGCUCUUGCAUGUGGUGCUGACUGGGUGUUUAUUCCUGAGAUGCCCCCAGAUGACGGGUGGGAGGAGCACUUGUGCAGACGACUGACUGAGACCAGAAAUGCAGGUUCUCGUCUAAAUGUGAUCAUUGUGGCUGAGGGAGCGAUCAAUAAAAAAGGGGAGCCAAUCACCUGUGACCAGCUGAAAGAUCUGGUGACAAAGAGGCUGGGCUUUGAUACUCGUGCCACUAUCCUUGGACAUGUGCAGAGAGGUGGCACCCCCUCAGCUUUUGACAGGGUGCUAGGCAGUAGGAUGGGUGUGGAGGCUGUAAUGGCUCUGCUAGAAGCCACUCCAGAAACUCCUGCCUGUGUGGUCAGUCUCUCUGGAAACCAGGCUGUCAGACUCCCCCUGAUGGAGUGUGUGCAAGUGACCAAGGAUGUCACUGUUGCAAUGAAAGAGGGUCGAUUUGACGAUGCUGUAAAACUCAGGGGAAGGAGUUUUGAGAAUAACUGGAACACAUAUAAACUCUUAGCUCAUGUGCGCCCCCCGGAGACAAAGGGUAGCAUUAAUGUGGCUAUUUUAAACGUGGGUGCUCCCUGCGCUGGCAUGAAUGCAGCAGUACGUGCAGCCGUCAGGAUCGGACUCAUCCAGGGUCACAACAUGCUGGCGGUUCAUGAUGGCUUUGAGGGUCUGGCUCAGGAAAAGAUUGAGCCCAUCACUUGGAACACCGUUGGAGACUGGACAGGGAAAGGUGGAUCUGAUUUGGGAACCAAAAGAGUGUUACCUGGAAAGUACAUGGAGGAAAUCAGUUUGAAUAUUGCCAAGUACAAUAUUCACGCUCUGAUCAUCAUUGGAGGUUUCGAGGCAUUUUCGGGUGGACUAGAGAUGGUUCAAGGCAGAGAGAAGUAUGAAGAGCUGUGUAUUCCCAUGGUGAUCAUUCCUGCUACUGUAUCUAACAAUGUGCCUGGCUCAGACUUCAGCAUCGGAGCCGACACCGCCCUUAACACCAUUACCACGACCUGUGACAGGAUCAAGCAGUCGGCAGCAGGAACCAAGCGCCGUGUGUUCAUCAUCGAGACUAUGGGAGGAUACUGCGGCUACCUGGCCACCAUGUCUGGUCUCUCUGCAGGUGCUGAUGCUGCUUAUAUAUAUGAAGAGAAAUUUGGCAUUCGUGACUUGGAGAGAAAUGUGGAACAUCUUGUUGAGAAGAUGAAGACCACUGUUAAGAGAGGCCUAAUUCUCAGAAAUGAAAACUGCAAUUCCAAUUACACCACUGAUUUCAUCUUCAACCUGUAUUCAGAGGAGGGAAAGGGUGUUUUUGACUGCCGUAAGAAUGUCCUCGGCCAUAUGCAGCAGGGUGGCACCCCAACACCUUUUGACAGAAACUUUGCUACCAAGAUGGGUGCUAAGGCUGUUCUCUGGCUGACUGAGAAAUUAAAGGAUUGUUACAGACAUGGGCGAAUCUUUGCUAACACCCCAGACUCUGCGUGCGUGUUGGGCAUGAGGAAGAGAGGACAUGUGUUACAGCCUCUGGCUGAAUUGAAAGAACAGACAGAUUUCGAACACCGUAUUCCAAAGAGCCAGUGGUGGUUGAAGCUGAGGCCUAUUAUGAAGAUCUUGGCCAAGUACGAGAUUAGUCUGGACACCUCUGAACAUGCUAGUAUGGAGCACGUUAUAAGCAAGAAGCCUCCAGUGCACAUGACCCUCACAAAGUAAUCAUAAGCAAAAAUGAGGACAGACAGAUGUGACUGACUACACAGAGCAUUUUAACAAUCGUGUGAAAUGACGGGUGAUCAUGAAUGUAUCUACUUCUAGAAUUAUUUGUUAACCUGUCUGUGUAUUAUUCUUUCAUUUUGUUUGUAUAGUAUUUAUGCUAAUACUGUGUUGCAAUAUGCAAAAUAAAAUACUCUUAUUAUCAAA